AGGUCUGCAGCGGGAGUCAACAAAACAUGGCACCGCGCGGUAACGCUCCACACGUGUGACUAUUUUCAGACGAAUAUCUGCGCAUUUUAAGUCUGAUCUGAGGCAGGACUGCACGACAAAGAUCAGACUCUACUGAAACCUGUUCUAAACGCAGCGUCUCAUCACAAAGAAGUUACUUUAGGCAGCGGCCGGGCUAGUUUUCGUCCCUUAGCCGGUCAUGCUGGGGCUGUGAGAGCAGGAUGGCCGCUCCGGGGAAAGCUAAGAAGGAGAAGAAGAAGCCGAUCCCGGUGAAAACGUCUCUGAACAACCCGUACAACCUCCGAUGGGCGCCGUUAGAGAGAGGUCUGAAGGGAUUUAUACUGAAAACGCUGAGGGACAGGAUAGACACUGUCGGGCUCUGGAAGAACCCGAGGAAAGCUAAGGAUUUCCGCAGCAAAAGAAAAGCGAAGGAGCGAGACUCGGAGCCCGCCGAAGCCGAAAAUGGACCUCAGCGGCCGGGCUGGAGCGACGAGGCCGCGCGGAGGCAGCUGGCACUCGGCAUCAACGAGGUGACCAAAGGCCUGGAGAGGGACGAGCUCAGCCUGGUGCUGGUCUGCAGCUCGGCCCAGCCGGCGCACAUGACCAGCCACCUUAUUCCACUAAGUAAGACCAGGGCGGUGCCGGCCUGUCAGGUGCCGGAGCUGAGCGCGAGUCUCUCGGGGGUUCUGGGCGUGAGCAGCGUGCUGGCGCUGGGCUUCAGGCGGAGAACCAUAGACUUCGCCGAUACAGUGCGGCAGAUCGCGGCUAAGGUGCCGCCGCUGCUCGUAGCCUGGAUGCCCGCGGAGAGUGAACUAACCCCAGCCGGGCUGGAGGGCGAGAUCCAGGGGGAAAGCUCCCAUUUAGAUCCAGAUGAAAGUGAGGAGCAGCCCAGAGACUCGCAGUCAGAUCCGGUUCAAACAGAGGACUCCUUUACAGAUCCAGUUAAGGCUGAAGACGCCCAGUCAGAUCAGAUCGAGUCAAAAGGGCAAAAGAGAAAACUGGAGUUUUCACCGGAGGCUGACGAAGAAGAUCCGAGCCUGUCGCUCCAGCCGCUUAAAGUCAAGAAAACCAUCCCAAAUCCUUCAAAAAUCCGGAAACCCAAGAAGAAGAAGGCACUGAAGAAAUGACCAAUGACUUCAGUCGUUAUGUAAACAGUCAAUUCUAGUAUUUUGAUAAGAAAUGUACAUUUUACUGCCAUUUCCUUACAGUAAUUGAGGCAGGAAUCAUGAUGUCUAAAUGAAAAUAUAGCUUUUUAAUUAUUAUUUCUUUGCAAUCUAAAACCACCAAUGAGUCUACAGGUGUCUAGAGUUUUGUUGAUAACAGUAAAAGUGAUAACCCUCAAAAUA